AUGGUGCUCCAUGGCCUCCUCCCGAAGCCCCUCCCUUCCAAUGAUGUAGUCGUGGGCCAGCUCCUCACGCACCCUCUCCACCCCGAACGCGACGGUUUCUACUCGCAGAAGGCACACGAAGCCGUGGAUGAGCUCAACGACUACCACAUCCAGCUGCGGUACAAGGACGUCUUCGCCGCCGACGCCGAAGGCCGCUUCAUGUCCAGCUACGGCUCCAAGUACGAGCUUGGCCGCAUCUACAGACAGCCCAACCUCUUGACGGUCACAGCCGAGCAGAUGAUCCAGCGCACGAGCCAGCGACCCCGCGACGCGUUCAACGCCGUGUGCAACGACCCGGAAGCCCAGCAAUGGAUAUACAAUCUGGCCAAGCAGCAGCAGGACUUUUACGUGGUAGUAGGCAUCACGGAGCUACACAAGGCCGUCUUUAAGCGGGCCAAGCUACGGGAUGCGGGCGCUUCCCGAAGCCUGCACGAAGCACCGCUUGACAAAGACGCGAGGGUGCCCCGCGCUCUGUCACGAAGGAACUCUACGCUUGGUGGUCUCGGCAGCGAGCCGUCCAUCUCUGGCGUUUUCGGCAUGGACGUACGACGCUGCACCGCCCGCAUCUCGACUCCAGCGGAGCCACACAAACUCGAGGAUAUAGGCUACCACUGGUUCUACUACGACGUCUCGGGCAGCGCAAACAAGGAGCAGCUGAUCGUUGGAUUGGGGGAGCCUCUCAAGGCCAACGAGCUGCGUCUCAUGCUGGACUUGAACGAAGAGACUGUUCAGGGAAAUCUGGACGCCAUCAGCCAGCUUAGUCUCGAUGCUCUGAGCGCCGCGGCCAGCCCUAUGCUCAAGCCUAGCUCUCCUGCCUUGAGGGGUAGGUCACCCUCCCCGCAUCCACAGCUCAAGGGCAUUGCCCAAUGA